AACUCAGUCAUUGUGUCUUCAUAAAUCUUUGAUCGGAAUCCUUUUUCAACUUCGUUCCGCUGCAGCUGCUGCCGAACACACGGCACCGGGCAGCUGCCAAAGACACAAAGACACCCCAGGAAGCACCCAACGACAGUCAUCCCAUUGUUUUUGCCGGCCCUCAAUCAGCCAUCACAAACAAGGAAGAAGAACAUUUCAUUGGAACCAUCGACUGGAGUACGAGAGAAACAAUGACAUCUCUGUUCAAGAUUGCCGCAAGUGGAGCUGUCUUUCUCCUGUUGUCCUUGGCGAAUCUUGUGGUGCUCUACUACUUGGUGUCCUAUCCUCCGAUCCAGUUCUUUUAUGAUGCGGUUCCGCCUGCUGGGCCUUCCAGCGUGUAUGUUCCAGGCAGUGGAUUCAGUGGGUUUUGGUUUCAUCUUGGAGCACUCAGCUCUAUCCAGGAUCUUCACAAGUUCGACUAUUAUUGCUACUCAUCCGGUUGUCUGAGUGUUGUGAUGGCGGCCAUGAAUAUAUCAGUGGGGGAGGCCACAACCAUGGCGACUGACGUUCAACAGUUGUGGAUGGUUGGAAACAUUACUCGUUUUGAUAUUAUUGAUCAGUUUUUGCUGGACGUGCUGGGGGAAGACAGCGAUGAAGGAAACCAAAUAAUAGAGAGCUUCCUGCCCAACCUCAAGAUUCUUGUCACAUCCAGAGGAAACGGAGUCGAAAUUGUGCAACCAACGAGCCGUGACGAGCUCAUCAGUGCUCUCAAGCAGACUACCUGGAUUCCCUUUAUCACUGGACAAGGAGUAUUCCGGGCAAGCACAAACGACACCUGCAGCAACGCGGAGGAGAAUGAGUUUUAUCUGGAUGGGGCUUUUUCACGUGUGCUCCAUCCAACUUGUGAAUAUGAUUUGUUGGUGCCCGGUACCUUCCGCACUUUGAUGCUCACCUUGCAUCCCGGAUUGUCGCGGGAAGAUGUGGAUCAACUAUGGGAAGCAGGAAGGAAUUUUGAACAUCCCCUUCUACUGGCAUCUCAGUAGCAGCGAGGAUUACAGGCCCAAUUUUUGCCAUUAUAGCGGUUGCAUGGAUAGAUUAAUAAGUAAGAAGCAAAGUAGAAUUAUUUUGAUGAAAGGUACG